CACCUUGGUUGAUAUGACAUUUUGUCGUGCGGCGGCCAAGGGGUGUGUGUGUCCUGCGGUGGUCAGUGUUUGCCAAGCGGCGGGUACGGUAAUACACGGACUCAGAGGAGUUGAUCAGCCACACCACCACCACUCAGUGACUCUCUGGUCGGUCAAGCUAAAAGUUCACCAUGUGUGACGACGAGGCAUGUCCCCUGGUAGUGGACAACGGCUCCGGCCUCUGCAAGGCGGGCUUUGCUGGCGAUGAUGCCCCCCGAUCUGUCUUCCCCUCCCUCGUCGGCCGCCCUCGUCACCAGGGUGUGAUGGUCGGCAUGGGACAGAAGGACGCAUACGUCGGUGAAGAAGCACAGAGUAAACGCGGUAUCCUUACACUUAAAUAUCCUGUUGAACACGGCAUCAUCACCAACUGGGACGACAUGGAGAAGAUCUGGCACCACACCUUCUACAACGAGCUCCGCGUCGCUCCUGAGGAGUCCCCAACACUGCUGACGGAGGCUCCCUUCAACCCUAAGGUCAAUAGGGAAAAGAUGACGCAAAUCAUGUUUGAAACCUUUGGUCUUCCAUCAACAUAUGUAGCCAUCCAGGCCGUGCUCUCCCUAUACGCCUCAGGCCGCACUACAGGCAUCGUUUUGGACUCAGGAGACGGAGUAACCCACUGUGUCCCAAUUUUUGAAGGCUUUGCUCUACCACACGCCAUCAAUCGUCUCGACCUGGCUGGCAGAGACUUAACAAAUUACCUCAUGAAAAUCCUCACCGAGAGAGGCUACUCCUUCACCACGAGCGCUGAGCGAGAGAUCGUAAGGGACGUUAAAGAAAAACUCUGCUAUGUGGCCCUCGAUUUUGAGGAUGAAUUUCACCAGGCAGCUCAAUCCAACGCACUAGACAAGUCCUACGAGCUGCCUGACGGCCAGAUCAUCACCAUCCGUAACGAGCGCUUCCGUGCACCCGAGGCGUUCUUCUCACCCUCCAAGAUCGGGAUGGAGGCGGAGGGCAUCGAUACGUUUGUCUACAAUUCUAUAAUGAAGUGCGAUAUCGACAUAAGAAAAGAUCUCUUUGCUAAUGUCGUCAUGUCUGGUGGCACCACCAUGUUCCCGGGCAUUGCUGACCGAAUGCAGAAGCAGCUCUCCAACUUGGCUCCCUCUACCAUAAAGAUAAAGAUAAUUGCUCCUCCCGAACGUAAAUACUCCGUCUGGAUCGGUGGCUCCAUCUUGGCCUCUCUGUCUACCUUUCAGUCUAUGUGGAUUACCAAGGAGGAGUAUGACGAGUCCGGCCCCAGCAUUGUCCACCGAAAGUGCUUUUAAACACACACACACACACACACACACACACACAGAUGAGUCAACACUUUCUGGCUCAGUUCGCGAAAGUGUUGCCUGUCAGUCCUCGAGGCCACCGUUUCAGUCACAUAAAUCACUGACAGUUUAAAAUAACACAUCAACUAUUUUAAUCAAAUGUACGUGAGACUGUGAUUUAGCCUAGACAGUUGUGUAAGCUUCCGUAUGUAGGCCAAGGGCUGUGAGACGUAUACAUGACAAAUUAUUAAUAAAGACUAUUUUAUUGACAA